GUUUAGGCUUAUGAAUGUGGCCCACUAACCAGGCCUACCUACACUAGUAUUGUCAUACUGAAGAAAUAAUAUCAGAAAAGGAAAUGGCGUAUUCACAGAUAUUAAAGCUCACAAGUGAUGAAGAUCAUAUUUUCAGUUGCUGGUACUGUGAUUUUAAAACCAGGUUGUCUGAAACAAGAGACUUCCACUACUUGACAGUGCAUAUUUCUCAAGUUUCUGUAUACUCUUGUCCCUAUUUAAUAGAUGAAUGUGAAUUUCAAAACAUUAUGCCCCAUGAAGUUGUUAAACACCUCAUGGAUAUUCACAUAAAGCCACUUGGAGAAACAGUGGGAAAUUAUAGAUGUAACAUGGACUGUUUAUUUUGUAACUUUAAAAGCCAUGCAGAAUCUGGCCCAAUGGACAUCCACUUAACAACACAUUUGGUAAAGGGUACACUUUAUAAUUGUCCACAGUGUCAGUUUUCCUCUAUUUUAAUAAAACAAGUAUUUUUGCACAUGACUAACAUUCAUUUUCUAAAAACAAAACAAGAAUUAUUUGAGAAAUUUGAAAUUGAUGAUUCUUGUUUAAAAAGCAAACAUAUUGGUCUGGAAAAAAGAAGGAAUCAUUUUAGAAACGAUUGUGAGAAUCAGAGUGAAAAAAUCAAUGUUGAUAAAAGUUCUUCCUUUCAAACUGAAUUGGGUCUCACACAUGAAGCAAAUUACACAAAUUUAUUUCUAAAUGAGGAUGUCAAAAAUAUGCAGUUUCAGACAGCUCUGCUUACAGUUACAGGCUCAAAUUUACCUAAGGAAUCAAAUGGUAUAUUAGAAUCAGCUGAUUCUAAGGCAAUAAAUGGUCAUCGCAAACGUCAUCCACAGAAAAUUGUAAGACACUAUAAUACUAGAUUUCAUAUUAAGUGUAAAAUGUGUGAUCCUAUUGUUGAUGAAACUAAUUCUUCAAAAAGUCUUAGAAUUAAGGAUUUAAAGAGCCUCACAUUUGAUUACAAAAAACUAAACAAGCCUAAAAGAAUUAUUUCCUACUCUUGUGUUCUUUGUGGGAAAUCUUUUUCUCGAAAGUUUUCUUUGAGGUUUCAUUUAAAGCUCCAUCAAAAAGGAAAAGAUAGACUUUUGGUUAAAACGACAUGUAGCACACUGAAGAUAAUUAAUAAAGUGAACAAAACUUCAAAAAACAUUAAAGCCCUUUGUAAUGUGAAGGUUCAAACAUCUCUCAAUAAAAAACAGUAUCUUUCCAAUGCAGCAAUUUCCUACUUAUGUGUUCAAUGUGGGAAAUUAUUUCCUAAAAAAACUGCUUUAUGGUUGCAUUUAAUGGUCCAUACUCAAGGAAACUGUAACAUCAUUGCUAAAAAUAUGAUAGAUAAAAUAAACUUAAUUGACUUUAUUUUAAAUGAUUCUCUUUUACGAUUAGUCAAACGCAAGGACCAUUAAACUAUUUAUACUGAUUUUUUAAAAUCUGUAAUAAUUGUGUACAAUUUUCCUUGUCUUUUCCCAGCACAAAGAAUAAUUUUCUUAAAGCAUAUCAUUAUCUAUGUGCUGCUCUGUAAAAAACAGCCAUAACUCAGUACCAGAAAAAUCCACAAGUUUACUUGCUUGGCCUUUUAAAAAUUUAAUUUCAUUAACAAUAUACAUUUUUUAUAGUUCUUUUCUACUUUAAAUCAGGCACUUGACAAUGAUAUUCAGCUUAAGUAAAGCAUUUGUAAAACAUUUAUUGUAUAUAGGGCCUAUCGAUUUAUUUUAUAAUAGAUUUACUUUUCAUUUAAAACCGCUUCUUUACUGUAAAAUUUCU